GGGGCACUGAGCUGUAGCUGCUUUGGAAUCACGUCUUCGUCUCCGAGUGGGGUACAUAAGGGUUCACUUCUCCGCGAUACUGCCAGAACAAUAACAAGAUAUUCCACCUCUACAGCCAUAUCACUCAACAAUCAUGUCUAUUAAGAAUGUCAUCAUCAUCGGUGCCGGCGGCAAUCUCGGCCCCGCGAUCCUGAAUGCAUUCCUGAAAGAGUCCUCUUUCAACACUACCGUUCUCUCACGCAAGGACUCCAAGUCCACCUUUCCUUCAGGCGUCAAAGUCAUCAACGCAGACUACGACUCAGCCUCCAGCCUCAGAGACGCAUUCCAAGGCCAGGAUGCCGUGAUUUCCCUUGUUGGUAGUGGUGCGCUUGGUGACCAAAACAAACUCAUCGAUGCCUCCAUAGCAGCUGGCGUGAAACGCUUCAUCCCUUCAGAAUUUGGCAGUAACGUGCCUAAUAAGCGAGCACGCGAGAUUGUGCCCAUCUUCGCCGCCAAGUAUGAGACAGUGAACUACUUGAAGAGCAAGGAGAGCGAGAUUAGCUGGACAAGCGUGAUCACCGGACCAUUUUUCGACUGGGGCCUCAAGACUGGCUUCCUAGGCUUCAAUGCGUCGAACAAGUCGGUAGAAAUCUACGAUGAGGGCAAAGCCGUCUUCUCAACAACCAACCUCCACCAAAUUGGCCUCACACUCAUCAAAGCCCUGGAGAAGGCAGAUGCCAGCAAGAACCAAUAUGUCUACGUCAGCUCGUUCCAGACAACACAGCAAGAGGUCCUCGCCGUGGCUGAGAAAAUCACAGGCUCCAAGUGGACUGUCACUAAAGUUGACGCCACACAGUAUCUCAAGGAGGGAAGAGAGAGGUUUGCUAAAGGCGAUUACUCGUCAAUCCCAAUUUUGUUGCGGGGUAUCACAUUCAGUGUAGAGGAGAAACUGGGCGAUUUCUCAUCGGAAGGGUUGUGGAAUGACAAGCUAGGGCUGCCAAAGGAGAGUCUUGAGGAUACAAUCAAGGAUGUGCUCAGUGGAAAACCGUAGAUAGUUUAUAGGGCACAAUUGAUCUCUCUUAAACACGUUU